GACGGUCCAGGGUAGCUCCGUCUUAGAGACAAAACCGAAGGGAACCCUGUGACAGGAAUACACUGAAUACAAAAACUCUGAAAUCAGUGUGAGCACCACGUUGGGUGUGCGCUCUUAAUUUACCUGGAAAGACUGUCGUUUAAGGUCCAUGAUGCAGUUCAUGCUGCUGUUCAGUCGGCAGGGAAAGCUGAGGCUGCAGAAGUGGUAUGUACCCCUGUCUGACAAGGAGAAGAAGAAGAUCACCCGGGAGCUGGUGCAGACCGUGCUGGCGCGCAAGCCCAAGAUGUGCAGCUUUCUCGAAUGGCGAGACCUCAAGAUUGUUUACAAAAGAUACGCCAGCCUGUAUUUCUGCUGCGCUAUAGAGGACCAGGACAACGAGCUGAUCACCCUGGAAAUCAUCCAUCGAUAUGUGGAGCUGCUGGAUAAGUAUUUUGGCAGUGUGUGUGAGCUAGACAUCAUCUUUAACUUUGAGAAAGCCUACUUCAUCCUGGACGAGUUCCUGCUGGGAGGCGAGGCGCAGGAGACCUCCAAGAAGAACGUCCUGAAGGCCAUAGAGCAAGCAGACCUGCUACAGGAGAGCCAGACGGAGGACUGGGGCGGUUUGGCCAAUGAGGAGAUCUUAUAAUGAUGAGGGGUCUAGAGAGUCCAGGCCUGCUGCCAGAGGGAUGCCAAAGAAGCAGAGACUCCACGGAGUGUUCUGGAAGAGAUCGGACUGACAUAAACACCAUGGCUGUCCAACUGGCUGUCCACCUCACUUUGCCAGCUGCCUGUCUGUCUGCUUGAAGAUGUAGCACGCACACACACAUACACUCACACACACACAGAAAUUGUGCUUCAGUAUGUUUCUCUUAGACUUUUCAUUAUGUCUUCAUUCAUUGUCCUUUUUACAACACACACAGCACACAAAAACACACAUGAUGUAGCAGUGUACAGAAUCAUAAUCCAAGUUACCAGAAAUCAUCACCCCUUUUUUUAUUUUAGCCUUAAGAUAGAUUAACAGUACAGUCUUAUCAGUGUACUGUUAAUACAACCACAGUUGAAAAGGAAAGAUACUUAGAUAAUUACAAAUAAUUUAGCAGCUAUUAAUGAGUUGGUUGAAAUGACACAGACACGCAGAGGGUGGUGUGCUGUCCCUGAGUUUGGACACUCAUGCUUUUCCUGACUUUUUUAAAUAUAAAGAAUAAGAUAACAGUGAAGUUGGAGGAAGGAGACCCAGGCAAGAAAAAUAACAAAUAUCAUUCAUAUUUCUUUAAGUUGAUUGUAGUUUUCUAUACACACACACACUCACUCACUCACACAUAUUGUUAUAUUAUUGUUUUAUACUUUAGUACUAUAGUAUUGGUAGAGAUGUGAAAAGGGAUUCAUUCUCAAAAACCAAAGAUUUCUGUUUCUGUUCUGUUUUUCGCCUUGGUUAAACAUUUAAUUUGAGCAGUUGAGGCAACAAACAUUGCGAAGAGUCUGCUGCUUGUAUCCAUUUUUGAUUGGCUGUUACUGUUGAAAGCACAAAAUGAAGCCCUUGAUGUCACUGCCCUGAACAUUCUCAGAGAUGUUCCACUGUGUUUUGUGGUGAACUACUGCUCUUUAUAAUGCAAGUGCUACUGAAUAUGUUCAACGGAAGUAUCGUCACAUGUUGGUUAUAUUUUGUAUUGUCACUGAUGUCGUCUGCAUUUACAAUCACUGAUGAGCAUAUUCCUGUGAUACCCUACCACCCUUUCCUAUUAUGUAUUAUAUUACUGUAAGUAUUUAAAGCAUUUGAACAUCACCUAUGCCAUGUGUGUGUAUGUCUAGUCAUGGGGAAGUAUUAUCUGUAAUUGUUGUGUCUGUGAAUCUGUGCAGCAGUGUUUGAAACUAAAUAAAUUUGUCUACCGCCGUUUCUA